AUGAAACUCGAGAAGGGUCGCCAGAUGAUCGGUAAUUGCACGAAAAAGCAAGUAAAAAUUGGGAGAAGAUUCGUGUUCAACUUCGCCACCGCUGCGUGUGGGAAUUGCCAGGAAUCUGCUGCACAUCUGGCUCUUCCUAAUGGCAACAUUCGAGAGAAUGUUCGAUGGUGGCUUCUUUUCACCAGUAGACAGAGACGGAGUAAUAAGAAGGAGUCUCCUGACUCUGGAGGAAAACUUGAUAAGGUAGCGCCAAGAAGGACAGGCGCCGCUGAAGACUUGGUGAUGUACGCCGGAAAGCCACCAUCGGACUGUCCGACACCGGCGAUGCAAGCUACUGAACGACGUACAUGA